AUGCUUGCUUCUCUUCCUAACGAGCUGGUAUUGGAAAUCUGCGACGGCUUGAGCCAGGCCGACUGUUUCCACUUGAUGCUAUGUAGCAGGUCCCUGUACAAGUGUGGCUUGCGGAGACUGUACCGAUCGAUAAUUGUGGAUAGCUCCGAUAUUUGUCUGGAGCAGUGUUUUGAGGAUUACUAUGGCACCAGAGACCUUUGUGGUAGCAAGGUUCGUUCCACCAGAGUGAGAACGUCUUACGGCACAAAACAGCUGGUGCGAACUCUUUCCGAGACAGAGCAUUGUUUGCUUGUUGAACGCAUCGAGAUCAAACAGGAAGUUGAGCUACCCAUGGCAAGAUGUCUUUUCAAAAUGAUCAACUUGAAGUGUGCAGAUAUCCCCAACGCGGGGUUUCUCAGUAACCUUGAUCUGAGGUCUCUGACCACAAACAGACUCAAGAAGUUCAACAGAACAACAAAAGAGCUCCGGCUCACGAAAUACUCGCCGAUUGACCUUGCACAAAUGCCUGCUUUGGAAAAGCUCUGUGUUUCAGGCAUGAUAAGCUCGAGUCUGAAACCAAUCCGUGCCUCGCUCUCCUCGAUUUUCCACUCGAACGGGACAAGAAUCCAACUGAAAGAAUUUGGUCUUGAGUCGGCCAUUAUCCAUCCUGAAGAGGUGAUGUCCCUAAAAACCAACUUUGACUUCUCCCAGCUCAGAGUCCUCCGUCUGGCGGAUAUAGUGGAGUAUCCGUGUUCGAGCCAAGGACUUGCUCUGCAAGACCUUUGCGAGUUUGAUCUGAACCGGUGGAUUUCCCAUAUGGCUCAAUCGACCGAGUGUGUUCCUGAGAAGUCGUUUUUGAUGCAGAUCGCUCCCGACUUGGUCAACCUUCAAUCCUUGGACUUGGACGUCUCUAACUGCAUAUAUGACUACGGAGCAGAGUUGAUUUCCACGAUUUCAUAUCUGCAAACCCUUAGAGUCAAGAUAUCACCUACACAUUGCUCUGCACAGACACUUGACAAGAUGACCGAGAAAUACUUCGAGAGUAUUGGCCUCCAUAAGGGUCUCCAGCAUCUCUGCAUUAAUACUAAGCAACCGGUCAAACUAGAGUCGGUGAGAACCCAUCUUGUCGGAUUAAAUCAGCUGAAAAGUCUACAGCUAUGCAUUUCCCUCAACGAUAUGGUCGAGCUCGCAGAUAUUAUCGCAGACCUAAACAUUGAAUACCUCGAUAUCCGGUCUCCUUCGUGUCUAGUUGGGCAAUCGUUGUAUGAGAAUCUCCACGAUAUCUUCACUAACAAAUCUCUAAAAUACCUGAGAUUAAAAGACAAGAUAUACGAUAUAGAAAAUGGCCGAAUAGCUGGUCCAAAACUUGACGAAUGUUUUGAGCAUAUGUUGAUCAAUGCCUAA